GUGGUGAAGGAACUAAGAAGGGAGAGAAGGGGGAAAGUGGUUGAACUUCAGGGAGUCCGCGGGAGCUGGAUGAAACCUACGAAUACAUUAUCAGUGUGUAACACUCCAGAAUUAAUUACUGGACUCACGGGAUCAGAAUCCUCCCCGUUCAAACGACUGGCUAUAAAGUCAAGGGAAUCCGGUAUGGACCGAGGGGAGCUAGAUGAACCCGAAGAGGAAGAUUCAAGGGAUUCAAGGGAAGCUAGGAGUGCAGAAAACGAGUUCUCGGGCAUAGGACUCGAACGGCGCCACACUGGCCUGUCUUCCUCACGAGAAGUCGAUGGACCCUAA